AAGAUUCUAUUGACCACGAAGCAUCAUCCGAUAUUUCUUCCAAUGUUCAUACAUACUCGUCCGAGCCUAAAUCGUCGGAAAAUUUAAAAAGCCGAGUUCACAAAAUUACUCUAUAUCAAAAAAUAUUAAACCAGGACAGAUCGAAAUUUCCGAGACGGCCCGUCCCGAAAAAUUUGAGGGCACAAAAGAUCGAGCUUCGAAGGCUAAUCAGAAAGAAUUAUGGUAGGGAUUUUGAAUUUCAAGAUUUGGGCUUACAAGAUCCAAAUAUACAUUGCGCAAAUCAUGGUUCAGAAAGCCAAAUCUUUAAUUCUCCUUCACUUGAAAUCACACCUGAAGUAUCUUCUGAAGAUAAUAUAAUUGAAAUUUUUGGGAUAGCUCAUCUUGAAAAGGCUUUAUUAGAAACUUAA